AUAAGGUUGCACUCAUUGGCCAUUUCAUACACACACAUUUCUACCCCAUUGGAAUAUUUGAAGAAAAUUUCAGUACCCUUCCACACCUUUAUUAUCAAUCACCAUAUCUUAUAGCUAGAGCCUAAUGAGCAUCAAUUCGUUGCCAAUUGAAUUGCUUAUAACUAUUGUUUCACUUCUUCCCUUCAAGGAAGCUGUGAGAACUUCUGUCCUCUCGAAGAAAUGGUUAGAGUUGAACGUUUGCAAGUUCACAAAAAACAUAGAGUUUGAUGAACUCUUUUUUGUUAAACCUGAUCAACCUAAUGAAACAAGAGAAAUCCAAAGAAGGACUUUUCUUGACUUCAUUAAUUUGUGGAUUGAAAAUUACAAAGGAACUUUGGUGGAGAAGUUCUCUUUUAGGUUAUCAAAUCCUAGAAAUGGUGGUGAGAUCAUUGAUCAAUGCGUUGCUUUUGCCACAGAAUGUGAGGUGAAGGAGUUGGAACUUGACUUUGCUGAUCCAAACUGGAAUGAAAAUAAUAUCUAUUAUGGUAAUUAUGAGGAGGCGCUGUUUAAAUUGCCAGCACGAGUUUACCAGCAUGGUAGCCUUGAGUCUUUGAAGCUAUAUUCAUGUAGUUUUGUUGAGACUGAAGUGCUUAACUUUCAUGCACUCAAAGAAGUUUCUUUGGGUUGGAUGGAAGUGAGACUCAGUGCUAUCAAAGCUUUGCUUUCCAAUUGUAACAUGCUGGAGAGUUUGAGUUUUAAAAGGUGUUGGAACUCAGACAAGUUUGACCUAGGCGAAGAAGAACACACAGGUCUUAGAAAGCUUGUCCUGGACAAGUGCCGCUUUGAAUUUGAUGUUUUCAAAGUGAAUGCACCAGAUCUAAAAAUUUUCCAGUACUGUGGGUUAAUGAACUUUUUCAUCACGGAAAUUCAUUCACCCGCAAUGGAAGAGGCAAAUAUUGAUUUCUCUCCAGAAUAUGGAUUCGAAGGACUAGGUCAUCCUCUUUAUAAUCUGGUGGAAAAUCUAUUUAUUGUUAGAGUUUUGACUGUAUGCAGUUUUGUUCUUCAGGUUAUUCCUACUGGACCCGAACUGCUAGGUUUUCAAAGUGGCAUGCUUGUGCAACAUUUGAUCUUGAAAACGGCUUUGCACAAGAACGAGUUUUUGGGAAUCACAUUCUUCCUCAACAGUUGCACUAUGUUAGAGUGUCUCACCAUUGAUCUAUGUUCCGAAAAAGAUUUGUUUGAUUAUGAAGCACCUUUUGUGUUUAACCGCAAGCGAUUCUGGAGUGACAAUGUGGGAGUAUAUGAAAGCUUGAGUUUAAGUCUGGAAGUGGUGGAGAUUAAUGGGUUCAGUGGAACUGAGAAUGAACUUCUUGUGCUCAUGUAUUUCAUUGCUAAUGGAGAUAUGCUGAAAAGGAUUAGUAUAAACAUGUUGGAGGAUGAUUCUGGUAGGACCAUGGAACCUCAAAUCCGUGAAAAUGCAGAAUUUUUGUUGACAGUUCCAAGGGCUUCAACAAACUUAGAGAUAUCAAUCUGUUAAUAAAUUAGUAAUUAUAUUUUGAGAGUAUUGUGAAUGUGCGAC